GCGGUUUCGUGAUUGGCUGCUUGGAGCACCAGGCCCCGCCCCCGCUGGCAGGCAGCAGUGUUGAAAUGACAUCGUGGGAAAGCCGAGCGCUUCAAACGGAGGCGCUCCGAGCGAACCGGUGCAUACGCACGUCUGGCAGACCCAACCGACACACCGAGGAAUACUCUGAAUCCGUGAAAAUGAAAAGGAAUCACGAUUUUAGUUCAUCGGACAGCGAACUGGAUGAAACCAUUGAAGUAGAGAAGGAGAGUGCAGAUGAGAAUGGGAAUAUAAGCUCCCCUCUCGGGUCCAUGUCUCCGACAACAUCAACUCAGGUGCAGGCGAGGAAAAGACGCAGAGGAAUCAUUGAGAAGCGGCGCAGGGACAGAAUAAAUAACAGCUUGAGCGAGCUCCGCAGGUUGGUUCCCAGCGCCUACGAGAAACAGGGUUCAGCCAAACUUGAAAAAGCAGAGAUUUUGCAAAUGACUGUUGAUCAUCUGAAGUUGCUUCAUGCUGCUGGAGGCAAAGGUUACUUUGACGCCCAUGCCCUAGCAAUGGACUACCGUGGUUUGGGUUUCAGGGAGUGCCUGGCUGAAACAGCACGCUAUCUCAGCAUCAUUGAGUGCCUGGACAGCACAGACCCUCUGCGGAUCCGCCUGGUCUCUCACCUGAACAACUAUGCCAGUCAGCGCGAGGCUCACACCGGCUUGAGUCACCUGGCCUGGGGUUCUGCUUUUGGAUCCCCUCCUGCUCACCUUGCACAUCCCAUCCUCCUUCAGCACCAACAGGGGGCUCCUUUGGCACCUCUACCCCGCAGCACCACCAGCAGCCCACAGAAUCCCCUAUCGUCCACGUCUUCUUCAUCUCCCUCCUCCUCCACCUCACCCAUGUCCUCCUCGUUAAUUGCAGAGACUCAGGUACCUGGCAGACGCAGCGGCAGUGCGACUCCGCUCCCGGAUCAGGGUCCGAUCAGGGUUCCAUCCACCUCUUCCGCUCCCACCACCGUCCUGCACCCUGCCUUGGUUCCCUCGUCAGCGUCCAAGCUCUCUCCUCCGCUGCUCUCCUCACUUUCAGCUUUCCCCUUCGCCUUCAGUGCAUUCCCCAUCAUCUCCCCUACCACUGCUAUCAGCCCCCCAUCUCAGAGCUCCAGCAUGGGCAAACCCUACAGACCCUGGGGGAUGGAGAUAGGAGCUUUCUGACUCAAAUGAAAAACUCAACACAACCUGCUUACACAGACUCGUUUCACUUCCCAUCUGAGCCGGACUCAAGGACAAGACUUUAUGUUCCCUGCUAAGAAAGUGUUAUAUAUUUUCUAUUUUGCUGAAAUCCCACAGAGGAUAGUUAAAGGUCUAUAACUUCUCCUUUUUUUUAAAUAAAUAAAUAAAAACAUACUGAGAAAAUACACGUAAACAGCAACACAAAUGAUUUAUUGAGCUGACUGAUCCCUGUUCCUCCCCAUCCCUUCAGAAGUUUCACCCACAUGUCAGCCAAUCAGCAAUAGCUUUUCCAGAUGGUCAAGCAAGUUCCUGGAUGAAAGUACCCCCACCACCCCUGUCCUGUCUACAACGGGGAGGAACAGGGCUGAGAGUCAUGACAGAAACCCUCCCUUUUACAACAUUUUAUGGGGUGUAAUAACUGAAACCAGGUGUCUGUUUGACUAAAUACAGAGCUUGGCUCUAAUAAUAAUACCGUGCACUUUUGCCCAAGUCUUCUUCCCAGCUUAUGUUUCCAUACGUGAGGCUAGGUUUAUUCACCAUUCAAGUUAUUUACAUGCAUUUCUUUGUUUAUUGUUUCAUUACAGCUUUGACAAUGAUUGUAAUCAAAGUACUUCAGUCAACUUAGUUUCAACAAAGCAUGUUCAGAAUGGCAUUUAGGAAUAUUUUUGCAUCAUUUUGCGUCGACAUUUUGUAAAUUAAGUCUAUAAGUCUUUUUCCACCUUGUCUCCAGUUAUUUACAUGCAUUUAGCUGUUGAGUACUACAGCAUAUCCAAUAAUGAUUCUAAAACUCUUUCAGUCAAAUCAGCAUAAAUGAAACUGGACCACAUAAAUGUUGAAAUAAGUCUUUUUGUAGACAUUUUGGUGUCUUCACUUGUAUGGUUUAUGGUUGUAAAAAGCACAAACAAGCGCCAAUAAAUUAGAGUUUUCAGUUUUCCAUUUCUGUUUCUGUUGUUAAUGACAGGUUCCCUGCAAUAAACAGUUCAUUCUGAAA